AUGAAUAAAAUGUGCCUAUCUAGAUUUAUUACGCCUGCGUUGUUCGUCUUGUUGAAUAUACAAUCACUGGAUUUCCCUGGUCUGUCAGAAUUAAAUCUAUCGUGGGAUUCACAAACAGGCAAUAGCCACAUCGUAAGGCAGUUAGCCGAAUCGGCUACUCCGCAAAAUAAGAAUGUUGAUGCGGUAGAAGAAAUUAAGAAAAAGUACAAAAUAAAAAUAGCGGAUGUAAAUGGCAAAAAUUACACAGGAAACGGUAAGCAAGCCAAGGAAGAGAACGCCGAAAUUAAUGAGGAGAAUAUGAAAUUGUUAUUCGGAAUUGAAGAGGCAGACAUUUCCCAUGAUUUAUCAAAGGAAGAAAUUGAUAAGCUGAUAGAUUCCUUUGGUAAAAAUUUAAGCCAGAAACAACAAUUUAUUAUAUUCCAUCAUUACACUAAAUAUCUGAACAAAAUUUACAACAGAAUGGUGGAGAAAAUAUGGGAUGUGUCAGAAAGGCUGGCAUUCAAAUACCGAGUGCCGCACGAUGUUAAAGUGAAAUAUUGGUACAUAUGUGAAAAUAAACUGAAAAAUGAUUUAAAUGAAAUGAAUAAUUUUUCCUAUAAAAAUGCUUACUCGUACAUCCAGAGAAAUCCCAAUAAGCCCGCCAUCGAAUUUAAACUUUUUUUGUCCCUGCACCAUUUUACUUGGAAUAAAGAAAUGAAAGACAAUGAACAGAGGAGGGUACAGAAACUUGUCCGAAAAAUGAAGAAUUAUAAAAACAGGGAUGAUAGACACCAUACGGGGUGA